AUGGACGAGGGAGGCACGCACAACACAGAGGAGCCGUGUGGGGUGGUGCUUCGUGACGUGGAGUGUGGUGGGCGUGUGCUGCUGCGCCGCGGGGACCACAGCCGCGUGUACCGCGUGCACUGCGCGGCAAGGGGCAUCUGGCUUGGGCUGAAGGAGGAGGAGUGCAUCAAGCCGCUCGCCAUUGUUCGUGCAGUGGCGGCGAUACGGCGGUUGCGCUCAGAAUAUCUUUUGCGCCACUACGACGUCCGUGUGGAGGGUGACCGCACCGUUGUGACACUGACAGAGUUGAUGGACUGCAGCCUCAGCGACAUGCGCCGCCGCCACAGCAGGCUGACGGAGCCGCAGACGAAGGCCGUCGCAUUUCUCGUGUUACACGCACUCGAGGAUCUGCAUUCCAGGCUCAGCAUGGUUCACGCAGACGUGAGCCCCUCCAAUAUUUUGCUGAAGACGACGGGGGAGCUAAAAUUGGGUGACUUCGCCAGCGCGGUACGUGUGGACGAGGCGGUCGAAUACUUCGCUGGCACCGUUUUCUACACCCCCGUUGAGGUACUGAGGGACCGGCAGCUGGCCUCCAGACCGGCUAGCGAUAUUUGGGCGCUUGGGGUGACACUUUACGAGUGCGCGAGCGGCGAUCAUCCGUUCGUUGUGCCAUGCAACAAUGACUUCUGGUUUUUUUUGUUGGCGAUGGAGGAAGCAAAGAAAUCUGGGAAACAUCCGCAAAACGUGCCACACACCAGCGACGAAUUUUAUGACUUUUUCACCUCCGUGCUUCGGUGGGACCCCGCGCUGCGNCCAACCGCGAGGUCGCUGCUACACCACACUUGGUUCUCGCAGUUCAGCGUUGUUGCUGCGCACAAUGAGUUACGUCUGAUGGCUGACUGA